AUGCAAGUCGCAACCAAAGAGACCGCCCGCCAGCUGCCCGACCAAGCCACCCUCAACCAAGUCGCCUCCCUCCAAGUCAUCGAUGAAAACGGCACCAAACUCCCCUUCAACACCCUCUACACCACCUCUCCCUCCUCUCCCUCCUCCCCCCAAAAGAACCUCCUAAUCUUCAUCCGCCACUUCUUCUGCGGCAGCUGCGAAGAAUACGUCCGCGCCUUACAACGCCACAGCCACCUCUUCUCCCCAUCCCACAACAACAACACCACCACCAACACCAACACAACCCUCACAAUCAUCGGCUCCGGCCAACCCGACCAAAUCCCCGGCUACCGCCACCGAACCGGAACCACCUUCCCCAUCUUCUGCGACCCGGAGAGAAAAGUGUAUACCACACUGGGAAUGACGAAUAAUUACGGUGGCGGGGAGAAGAAACCGGAGUAUAUUACUCAGGGGUCGCUGGGGUUGGCGUUGAAGAGGGGGCCGGGGUUGGAGGGGGGGCAUCCGGGGCAGAAUGGGGGGGAGGUUUUGUUUGUGGAGGGCGGUAAGGGAGGGGUGGAGGUGGUGUUUUGUCAUCGCAUGUUGAGUACGAGGGAUCAUGCCGAGGUGGGGGAGUUGUUGGAGGUGCUGGGGGUUGCUGGUGAGAAGGAGCCAGGGGCAGGGUGGGAAGGGUGA